GGCCCAUUCACCGGCGGAGCAACGGCUCAGCAUCGGCGGAGAAGUUCUACGUCAUUGGCUCCAGUAGCAGCGGGUCAAAGGCCCAGAGAUAACGGGGCAUCAACCUGGUACCGUCGAGACAACGGACGAAUACCGACUGGGAACCGCCGGCACCGACUCGAAAUCGACAUUGAGAUACCGACUCAACACCAAGUAACACCAAGCACUCGCAAGGAGGCACCGACCCUCAAUAAUCUGUACGGCGUACGGGGCAACAUGUUGGAGAACGGGUCCCCUCCAAGACGGGGGGCAUCAACCCAGCACAGACGGGACAUUCACGGCGGGUCCGCGUCUGGCGACAACAGAGGACGCCAUCGGUCCGAAAAUGGUAAUCAGAAUCAACUGUAGUAACUAGGCACAAAGAGCGAGACGUCGAAAAGGAUAAAAAGGAAUAGAUAACUCGGCAACAUCUGCUGUUUUUUUGGAAGCAUCACUCGCACAUCAAUCACAAUCAACGGCCUCAACCAAUCCAAUAACCUCUCUUGAUACCCAUACAACUCUUUACUUCUCAACAUCAACUACUACAACAUUCACAUCAUUCACAAUGGCCGCCCAAUUUGCUACCCGUCAGCCUGAGCUCGGCAUGGAGAAGGUUAUGCCUACUCGUCAGGACUCUGGAUAUGCCUCCCCCUGCGACUCUCCUCGCCUCACCGUCCGCCUCAACGACGGCAACGAAAUCCCCCAGAUCGCUCUCGGUGUCUACAAGGCCCCCAACGGCCAAGAGACUGAGGACGCUGUCAUCGCCGCUCUCGACGCCGGCUACCGUCACAUCGACUCCGCUGCCAGAUAUGCCAACGAGGAGGCCUGCGGUCGUGCCCUGAAGCAGUGGUUCCAGAAGACCAACACCCCCAGAUCCGAGGUCUUCGUCACCACCAAGCUUUGGGACGCUGACCACGGCUACGAGGCUACCUUCAAGGCUCUCUGCGACUCCCUCGAGAAGUUCCAGCUCGAGUACUUUGACCUCUACCUCAUCCACUCCCCCUCAGACGACAAGGAGAAGCGCCUCGCUUCCUGGAGAGCUCUUGAGACUGCCCAGCGCCUCGGCAAGGUCCGCUCCAUUGGUGUCUCCAACUUCAGCUCCCACCACAUUGAGGAGCUUCUCCAGGAGACCACCGUUGUCCCCGCCGUCAACCAGAUCGAGGUUCACCCCUUCUGCCAGCGCCAGGACCUCGUCGACACCUGCCGCAAGCACGGCAUCGCCAUUGAGGCCUACUCUCCCCUCGCCCGCGGCAACAAGCUCGAGGACCCCACCAUCGGCAAGAUCGCCGAGAAGUACGGCAAGAGCCCUGCUCAGAUCCUUCUCAACUGGAACGCUACCCGCGGCAACAUUGUCCUCCCCAAGUCCCUGGCUGCCCACCGAAUCCAGUCCAACUUCGAGUCCUUCGACUUCGAGCUCUCCCAGGAGGACAUGGCUGUCAUUGACGCCCUCGGUGCUGAGAACUACGUUACCGGUACCCUGCACAAGGAGUAAGGAAUGUCUCAUUAAGAUAUUUGGCCUGAGGGCACUCCAGUUCGGCAACACCCACCGCUGGAUCUUCCAGCUAACAACUGAGCUUUCCUCCAUCCUGAGAGCAUUGGAACAGCCAUUUGCAUUGCCGGCGUGACGAAAUCCGCACGUCGUCCAUCCAGGACAUUAGAAGGAGUUGAUUGCCAUCGACGCCACUUGGCGUUCUAUUCCCCCGUCGAAAUAUUUGGAUAGGAGUUUGGGUUAUUCGUUUUAUUUUUGGGAGGACAUAAAGACAUAGACAUUUCAUCUAGACAAGCGAGCUAGACUGCAAGCUGGGCUUAGCCUGGUACGAAUCUUACGCCCCAUUUCUCACCUUUGCUCCCGAUGGU